AUGAUCACCUUUAGGCAGCUUGAGAUACUGUUUGGGUUCACAUAUGGAGAGGGAACUCAUUGGAAUAUCAAGGAGAAUGAGCUCCAAAGUGUUUGGGCUAUAAUUGCUGAAGGAGAGUACUCUUCCUCAAGGUCCAAGGCUGCUCAGAUUAGGAGUCAUGUGCUGAGAUAUGUGCACAAAGCCCUUGCCAACACCUUCUUUGCAAGGAAAGCAACAGGGACAAUCAAUGAAGGAGAAGUCAAACUCCUUGACAUGGGGAUUAAGCCCAUCAUCUCACGCACAAGGGAUGGGAAGAAGCUCAGAGGAGAUAGGGCACACGCAGGCAACCUCAUGCUCCUAUCCUCUGCGCAGCUGGUGUCCAGCUAA